AUGUCUGCGACUUUGCAACCGUACUUAAAAGCGGUCCGUAAUACACUUACAGCGGCCAUUUGCGUCGAAAACUUUUCCUCUCAAGUCGUUGAGCGUCACAACAAGCCGGAAGUUGAAGUUAGGACAAGUAAAGAAUUAUUGCUGACUCCUGUGGUGAUUAGCAGAAAUGAGAAAGAGAAGGUCCUUAUAGAAGGCUCAAUCAAUUCCCUUAGGAUCAGCAUUGCCGUCAAGCAGGCAGAUGAAAUAGAAAAAAUUUUAUGCAAGAAAUUUAUGAGAUUCAUGAUGAUGAGGGCUGAUAACUUUGUCAUUCUUAGAAGAAAACCAAUUGAGGGUUAUGAUGUUAGCUUCCUAAUCACAAAUUUCCACACAGAGCAAAUGUACAAGCACAAGCUCGUUGACUUUGUGAUUAACUUUAUGGAGGAAAUAGACAAGGAGAUCAGUGAAAUGAAACUCGCUCUCAAUUCCAGAGCCCGUAUCUCGGCCGAAGAGUUUCUCAAAAGAUUUUAA